AUGGACGCCGCAAGUUCAUUUGGCAUUGGAGAGCCUCUCUCUAACCCACCUGAGGCGAAGGUAGAUAUUGUCUUCGUGCACGAUCUAGGUGGCCACCGGAUCAACACAUGGACCUUCGAGCAGCACAAGAGAAUCCCAUCGACUUUCUGGCCGAAAGCACUUCUACGAAAGACAUGUAAUACAUCUCGCAUACUAUCAUUCGGGUAUAAUUCGAGCUUCGAGUCCUUUUUUCCACCGUCUACGGACGAUAAGAAGAUUGACGACCACGCCACUGCGUUGCUGCAAUGUCUCGAACAGCUGCGCAGUAACACCCAAACUCUAGGCCGUCCGAUCAUAUUCGUCGCUCAUGGCCUCGGUGGGCUAGUAUGUGCUCACGCAUUGACCGACAAGCACGUUGCGAACAGGUCUCAGUACAAGCCUCUGGUCGACAGUACCCGCGGACUGGUAUUUCUUGGCACACCGUUUGAGGGCUCAAAUGAGGCUCAAUGGGCCUCAGUCGCUCGCCACUUUGUCAAGCUGACGGGGCUCAACACAAAGCUCGACCACCUUGAUAAGCGGUCUCAGAAGCUCAUCAGCAUCAACGGGACCUUUAUUAAGUUCUUGCUUGAACGACUUCGCUCUACAGCUCCAGUUGAGAUUGCGUGUUUCAACGAGGGUCUUCCGACAUAUUUUGAGGAUGGGAGUUCCAAGGAGAUCGUUUCCAAAAGCUCGGCAAAAAUCCUCAACAUUGAGCCGCAGCCAAUCUCGGCUGAUCACACUGAUAUGUGCAAGUUCUGGAAUGCGUCCCAGGAUGGUUACACGCGCAUCACCAAAGUACUGGGCGACUGGAUAAAGGCACUUGAACCACGUUCAGCCAAAGAUAACGCGAAGCAGCCUUCAGUGGAAAUGGGCGCCGUAUACUACUCUGGGGAGAUAAGAAAUAACAGAGGAGUGUUGGCCGGAAAUGUCCUCGGCACCACGUCGGAUGCUGUUAAAAUUACGGGCUCGUCCUAUACCUUCGGUCCCACGACAAACGCAGCCGACGUGAUGCGUGCUUUAGAUGAGUGAGUUUAACGCUCGCUCAAACCCUGCUACUACGAGGACGAAUCAGUUAUAGGUCCCAAACCCCGAUACUGGCAGCAAACGGAACCGUAAGAAUUUGUAAUACAAGUUGAAAGGAGCCCUAUAGCUGUUUAACUCGCUACCAUAACAUUUACUUUUGAGAGCGCCUGAUAGGAUAGAAAAGUGUCGGUGCUAUGGCAAUAUGAAGAAAAUAGUGAACACAUUCGUUAAGUUGACCAUGCU